CACAGCUGUCUGCAAGCUGUACUUAGCAAAAAUUGUUUUCAAAAAUCCCAAACACGAGAAAAUUUGCACUUAGCAGAGCAGCUCUUUAUUAUAGUUAAUACAAAUCAUUUAAGAUCGGGUGUAUGGAAGUUAUUAUUCGUAAAUCAUGUUUUUCCUGUGAAUUUUUUCAAAGAUGGAACAAAACAACCAUGGCUCACCAAGUUCUCUUUCAAAGCCUUUCUACGAGGCCAGCGAUUACGAUCUACAGUUCCCAACAUGGAGUUUAGAGUUUUUGAAAAAGGCUGCUGUGGAGCAAAAGUUGGUGCGACCAAGGAGUUUGGCCUGGGCUAUACUGCUGAACGCCAUUCCUUCACCAUCUGGAGACAUAUUGAUGAGCAUAAGAGGUCAUAGAAAUUUCUAUGAUGACCUCAGCAAGAAGCUAUCUAUGGACCCAAGAGCAGUUAUUGGCGAUGAUCCACUGUCGCAAAAUGAUGAGAGUGCGUGGAAACAACAUUUCUGCGACAACGAGCUCAAAGCGUUGAUACUGCAAGACGUCGUGCGCACUUUUCCUGACGAAGCUUAUUUUCGAGAGAAGGAUGUGCAAGACAUGAUGGUGCGCGUGCUGUUCUACUGGGCACGCGCGCACCCCAGCCCCGGCUACCGGCAGGGCAUGCACGAGAUCCUCGCGCCCGCGCUCUGCGAGCUGCACUCCGACAGGCUCAUGGCGCCGCCGAACCUCAGUGACACCUUACGGUAUUAUCUUCAGGAAGAUUAUUUAGAACACGACAGUUACAUGCUGUUCAGCGCUAUAAUGAAGGGUUUGGAAAAGUUCUACUCCACAGGGGAUGUCAUCCCUAACAACUGCGGGCGACUGCCCACCGCCAGAACUAUACAUAAUCAAAACGAAGUGGUCCGCUACUUGGAGCGCCUCAAGGAGCACUACCUCGCGCCCGCGGACGCGGAGCUGGCGACGCAUCUCGCCGACUGCAACAUCUCCUUGGAGCUCUUUGGGAUCCGCUGGCUUAGACUGCUGUUUGGGCGUGAGUUCCCGCGCACAGAGAUACCAAAUCUCUGGGGGUUCAUCUUCUCGGAUGGACCAAUGCUGCCGAAUCUGCACUACGUCAUACUAGCCAUGCUGCUGCCCAUUCGAAACAUAUUACUAGAGUCUGAUGCGGGCACCGCGCUGUCGAUACUGAUGCGGCCGUCGUCGCUGUCAGUGGGGCACGUUUGUGCGCUGGCGCUGUACCUGCGCAGUCCGCACGACUACCCCAAGCCGCCGCCGCCACAGCUAGCCAACAACGCAAAUCAAGAGAACAUAGUGGACGCAUCGAGCUCAGUAUGGAGUUACGAGCAGCGCGCGGAGGAGGAGGCCACCUCUUCUGGCUCGGAGGGCGUGGCGGAGGGAGGGGACGUGGCGCGGUCUUUAGCUGCCCUGGCGCUGCUGCGGGCACGUCUACCCCCCGCCGUCGCCGCCCUGCGCGCAGCCCUACCACGACCACCACCGCAAGCUAUGGCGCCCCUGCAGCAGAUCAUGCAGUUGGCAGCCUUGCUCCAGUGUCGCAACCAUGCCCUAAUAGACGUCGAGACAGCCCUAGAAGCCGCUGAAAACCAGUCCACCGAAAUGAUUGGUCGACGACAACUAGUUCCAGUUGUAAUGUUACCGCCAAAACACAAACAGACAAACGCUCAAAAACAAACCAAACAAGUGAGAAAAGUGAAAGAAGUUCCACUAAAAGUGUUCCACCAAAUAGAGUGUGAUAGUGCCAGCGAUCUGCCAUUUUUAGACCCUCUGCGGCUACGGACAGAGUGACUACGCCGAAAAAUAAUGCUAUAUAGCUAUUAUCAUUAGCUUUCAAACUAUGGACUUUUAUCACUAUUUGUAGAUUUGGGUAUACCAAAUCAAUAGAUUUAUUUUUUAUAAUAAUAAUAAUCAAUCUAACUGUAAUGUGUAGGUAGGUCACUUAGCAACAGUGUUAUUUGCCAAAAAUGAGUAGACAUUUUCGACAAAUAACGUUUAAGGUGCAUGACACGGAUCUGCCCGCGAAAUUCAAAUCUAAUUUGGUUUUUCGCAAUUUGUAAUGUAAUACGACAAAGUAGGCUUACAGCAUUCUAAUUCCGCCAAUGGCAGUAUCAUCUU